GCUGCCGCCGAGCCCAGUGGAGCGGAGACGAGCGGUGCUGAGCCCAGCCGAGGGGUGCCGAGCCCAGCCGAGGGGUGCCGAGCGGAUUCGAGCCCAACCGAGCGGAGCCGUUUCAGGAGCUGCGAACGCGGUGCCGAGCCGAGCGGUGCCGAGCCAAAAUAAGCAGACCCGAGCGGUGCCAGUCGGAGCCGAUCCAGGCGCUGGGACCGCGGUGCUGGGACCGCGGUGCUGAGCCGAAUUGAGCCCAGCCGAGGGGUGCUGAGCCGAGCGGAGCCGAUCCAGGCGCUGCAGUCGCGGGAUCCCAAGCCGAUCCAGGCGCUGGGAGCGCGGUGCUGAGCCGAGCGGAGCGGAGCCAGGUAUGCCCCUCCGUGGGUGACCCCGCACCGACAGAGCAGAGUCCCUGGCAGCUGUGGGCUCUUAAGCUAAAUGGUUCUGUCCUGAGAGGAAGCUGCAGCAGCAAAAGGAACAACACACUUUGGGGCACAUGGUGGAUGCUUGAGAGCGGAGGAUAAGGUACGAGUGUCUGGGACCGGUGGAAUGGAGGCCUGAUGUAGAUGGAAAGAUGGAUGAAGAAGAAGCUCUGAACUCUAUUAUGAAGGAUUUGGCAGCUUUGGGCAAAUGCGGGGGGCUGCUGGACAACAACAGGAAUAAAAACAGCGUCCACUCCAGCAAACAGCAGCGAAAUCUCAGGAUCAAGUUUGAAUAUGAAGGAGAAAAACGGAUUAUCCAGUUUUCAAGACCAGUCAAAUUCAAAGAAGUGGUGCAGAAGGUCACGGAUGCUUUUGGACAGACGAUGGACUUAGUCUGUGCACAUAAUGAGCUCCUGAUCCCGCUGAAAUCCCAGGAAGAUUUGGACAAAGUGAUGGAACAGUUGGAGCUGAGCCCUUCUCUGAAAAGCCUGCGGAUCCUUGUGAGCGCUCCAAAGAAAGCGAAUCUGCUCCAGCCAAACAGCAGUAAACAGCAUGAAAUGAGGAUCUCCAGAUCCAUGGGUGAUAUCAUGGGAUCCCUGUACAAGGACUCCGAGAGGACACGGAAGUAUUCAACAGGCUCUCUGCACACUGGCCGGAGCUCUCCACCCCCGGGGAGUGUUCCUGAAGAGCAGCAGCAGAUCGCUCGCCAGGGGUCCUACACCAGCAUCAACAGCGAGGGUGAAUUCAUCCCUGAGACCAUGGAUCAGAACAUGCUUGAAGCUUUCAUCAGCCCUGAUGAGUCGCUGUCUGGGAGCUGCCAGUCACUGGAUAGAUCCGUGGACAGCCCUCCCUUUACUCAAACCCCUGUUCCUGGAAGGAAGGGUCAUCCCAAAGACAGUCUUGAUUGCAUGGAUUUCGACAUCCCGUUCUGUGAGAGGUUUGGGAAAGGUGGGACCUUCCCGAGGCAGUACCACCUCUCCCAGAGUCGCAAGGACUACAGUGAUGGACGGAGGACUUUCCCCAGGAGCUACUUCCCACAGGAGAACCUGUUCCAGCUUGUCCCUUCUAGCCGAACCAAGAGCUUUAAUGGGGACAGCAAACUCAGCACCUUGCAGUACGACGAGUACAGGCCCAAAUGGUGGAACAAUUGUGAAAAAGGUCUGCAGGUCUUCAGCACCUCCCCUACGAAAGCCAGGAACUCCCUACAGGCACCUGUGAACUGGAGGCUGGGGAAGCUGCUUGGAAGAGGAGCUUUUGGUGAAGUUUAUCUCUGCUAUGAUGCUGACACCGGUCGGGAGCUGUCAGUGAAGCAGGUGCCCUUUGACCCUGACAGUCAAGAGACAAGUAAAGAGGUGAAUGCCUUAGAAUGUGAGAUUCAGCUGUUGAAGACCCUCCGUCACGACAGGAUAGUGCAGUACUAUGGGUGCUUGCGGGAUCCUGAGGAGAGGAAACUGUCUAUCUUUGUUGAAUACAUGCCAGGGGGCUCAAUAAAGGACCAGCUAAAAGCUUACGGUGCUCUGACUGAGAACGUCACACGGAAGUACACCAGGCAGAUACUGCAAGGAGUCUUCUACUUACACAGCAAUAUGAUUGUCCACAGGGACAUUAAAGGUGCCAAUAUUUUGAGAGAUUCUGCUGGAAAUGUGAAACUUGGAGAUUUUGGAGCCAGCAAACGCAUCCAGACCAUCUGCAUGUCUGGGACAGGAAUUAAAUCAGUCACGGGAACACCAUACUGGAUGAGCCCAGAGGUUAUCAGUGGAGAAGGCUAUGGAAGGAAAGCAGAUGUGUGGAGCGUGGCCUGCACCGUGGUGGAGAUGUUAACGGAGAAGCCGCCGUGGGCAGAGUUCGAAGCCAUGGCAGCUAUUUUUAAAAUUGCCACCCAGCCGACUAACCCCCAGCUCCCUGACGGCGUCUCGAACUACUGCCGCAACUUCCUCAAGCAGAUCUUCGUGGAGGAGAAGCGGAGGCCAACGGCCGAGGACCUGCUGAGACACCCCUUCGUCAACUGCGGGCUCUGAGUCCCUAGCAGCGGGGAUGGGGCAACACUGGCGGGAGGGGGGCAGCCGCCAGACCUGCGGCCUUUUGUGCUCUGCGGUUCAGACCUCCACCCUGGGCUCUGCUGGUGGGGGCUCCCGCAGGUCCCUUCUUGCUCAGCAUCUGCUGCGUUGUUGGAUUUCCAAGCUGCGCUCAGGACCGUCAGUGACAGGAAUUCGGAGCAAGGGAUUUCCUGGACUGUGCGAGUGCUGGCCUUGUACCAAGUAACCAUCUUGCCGCCAGCAAUGUCGUGGUUGUCCCCUUAUGCCAUGUUACUUAUCUCUAGGGGAAGGUGCGGCAAGUGGGAUCUGUCCUCCCGCAGCAUAACAGCAAUGCUGACAGCAUCCCCAGGACUGGCAGAGGAGUAGAUGCUUAGUGGCGAGUGGCGAUCACCACCUUUCGCAGGGGAACAGACAUGGGCUUCAGCCAAGCCGGAGGAGAUGAUCCUCAGACCGCAGUGUUGGGGGGACCCAGAUGUCCCUGUUCACAAGGGGACCAAACCGUCCUGGAGGUCGCGGGACCAGACAGCAUCUCCAGUGAGGCGGCGUUUAAUACUGUUCUGUGCCUUAAGCGGUUACAAUCAAGGAGUGAUGCUUGACUCGGCACAAAUCAUGGAGUCGGGCUCAAUAAUGCAGCGGCUGUGUUGAUUUUGUGUGCAUGUGUGUGCGUGUGUGUGCGAAUCUUGGAAGAAGGGGUCUUCUCAGGCGCAGGAGGUCUCUGUGGGGUACACCCAUGGACGGAUGCCUGGGACCUCUGCCACGGGGUCUGUAGAGGGAUGUUUAGAUGCUGUCAAUGCCUGUUCUGGGAACCAUCAGGGUUCAAGUGGGAGCUGGGGGGGAUCUUGGAGAGGGCAGCUCUAUGCACAUCCCUGUAGCCCGGCUAACCUGUGCCCAUGCUGCUAUGCUGGGGCUGGAGGGAUGCCAACGCCUUUCAGAAGUGGAGCUGCAGGAGGAGCCCAGUGGGUCUCCAUAAAACCCAAGCAGGUACCUAAAAUUAGGCAGAGAGGACUGGCGCCUGUGGAUGUGGGCUGCUGAGGGCUGGGUGCCGUCUCCUCCAUGCCUUGUGGGACCAACUCUGCAUGCAGGGAAGGGGGAUGUCACCUCCAUGGUAACCAGAUGUGGACCAUGAAGCCUCAGAUCGGGAGAGCAGAGCUGUGUUGGUCGAGGGCAGCUGGAAACAGAUUUUUUUUACCACAGUACAUUUAAAGUUGUAGGAGAAAAUGGGCUGUCAUGGCCCGCUUUAAAAAGUGAGCCUCUUGAUGCUUCCAUCUAACUACAGCCUGUUUUUUUCCCAUCCUUUGUCCAAAAUCUCAAUGGCAUCUGUAGUUCAACAAUUCCCUUGCUUUGUCAAUCUGCUUUGUCAAUCUAGCUAUUUGAUCAGUAUCCUUUCUGGCUGUAAUUUUUAUUUGGAGCUCAGCUUCAUCAUCUUCUUCCAUGUACUGAUGACAUUUACAAUGAACGCUGUCUAUGUCCUCAGAUUGGAAUGCUUUCUCCUUGACACUUUGCUUUGUUGCUCUGAUUCUUUGAGGGCCUCUUCUUCUUUCUCCUCCUCACUCCCCUUUCUUCUCUCCUCCACCUCUUCUGCAUUUACAGGGGCUUGAAAAGUUGCUGGUCUGUUCUCUCCUACAUUCUGCUUUAACUCUAGCAUCUGCCUUACUGUGCUAGCAUUUGGAUAUGUCGUAUUGUCAGUGUUUGUAGUGUCAGUUGCUGCUUUUGCCAGAGACGGAGGUGCAGUUGGUGUAUCUUCCUGUCUUUUCAUCAAGUCCUCCCUUUGUGCUUCUUCACACCAUUCCUUUUGAGUAGCCGUGAGCCCGGCUGCUAGAACCACACAAACAUAUGCUUUCCCUUCGCCUGGCUUUCUCCGGUUCUGCCUUGCAAGAGCCCUAAUCCAUUCUGCCACCACAAAGGGUAACUGCCAGUGUUUCUCUCCCAGCCGCAUCCAGCAGGAUCAGUGCAUGCUUUAUAGUCCUUCAAAACAUUUUCUAGUGGGGAGUGAUUGAGUAUAAGUGUCUGGACUGCCAUGCUUACUGCUGGGACACGACCUGCUCUGAGCAGGCAGGCAAAACUCCCUUUGCAGUUCCAGAAACUGCUUAUCCCUCCUAAAACCUACAGUUUGGAAGCAGAGCAGUCCAGCACUUCCCAGCCACUGUGACCAUCUGCCAGGGCACACCCAUACUAAGUGGGAGGACGAACCCCCCCCUUUCAGACAAUUACUGAAAUGGCUAAUCCAAUAAUUACGCCGUCCCCCUCACCAUUUCUCACCAGCAUCCUGCUGACUAUGUCAAUUUCGAAGAUCUCACAGCCCGCUUUAAAAACUGAGCCCUUUAUCUAGGCAUGGCACCAGAGCAAUCCAAAAUCACUCUGGAGGAGGGUGGAAUCAAUAUUUUUAGUAAACAAGGUGCACACCCUUAAAACACUGGGUUCAAACAGUCAAACAACCUGUUCACAACAGAGCACCGACAGAAAAAGCACAGCAGCUGAAGUUAGGAACAGCCUGGCGCUCGGCAAUGAUCUGCUUAAUCGAACCUCAAAAACGGUGAGAGAACCCUGAUGCUGCCAGAGUCAAAACUGAAAUCACAACAAAGCCAGCAGCUACAGCCCGCUGCAGCCAGAUGUGUUGCAAAGUGAAAAGAGAGGAAAGGAGAAAAGAGAGGAGAGAAGAGAGGAAAGGAAAAAAAGAGAGAAAUAGUUACAAGAGAAAUGGGAAAAAUGAGAGCUAGUCACCAUCUUGGGGACUGUGCAUGUUGCAACACGUGUUUCUUCAUCCAGAGGAUCAAAAAGAUGGUGGGUGUCUGCAUACGAGGUUGCAGGCUUUCACGGGGAUUUUUAAGCUCUCUGUCACCAAGGUCAGGGAGAAAAGCAGGUAAUGGGGCUGAGUACGCACUCCAUGAGUUAGGUCCAGAUAUGACAUGUUCUCCUGCCCAUCUUGGCAUUGGGCGAGGAGGGCUCACCUGCUUUGAGCCAUCAACCGAUGCCAUGCCUGGUCUAUACACUGGCCAGUUGAAACAAACUUGGGAUCCAGCACUACCCUGCUGGGAUACCUAGGCUGGGAGCAUGCACAGAGUCUCUGGAAGCUAAUCAAUUAAGCAGGUCUUGGUUAUUCUGGACAAAUCAAUUGCACCAUCCCACCUCCCCCUUCCCUGCUGCCCUUGCUCUUUCCACCCACCUCAGCAAUGGGUUAAAUUAGCAGUUGUAGGGAGGUUGCCAUCUUCAGCCUGGUGCGUCACACAUGGGUAUAUUUUAAUAUUGUUCUUAAAUGAAAAUGAAAACUGUUGCUUGGAAUGAAGAGGAAAUUGAGAAGUUGGUUGUUUGUGAGACUUCACACAUCCUUGAAUUCUUCUCCCUGGAAGAGAUCAAGGCUUUGCACACCUGGUGUGGCAGUGGGAGUGUUUCCUUGUGCACAGCUUUGAGAAAAGAUAGAAAAAUUAGAGUUAUUUCAGUUUAAGAAAAAAUAAAUACUGGUAAUGUUUAGGCAAAUUAAAGAAAUAGCUAAAAAGAUUCCCUGUAAAUUCACCUUCAGUGCUGCAGAGGCCAGUUAUUUCUCAUGUGGGCUCUGGUGAAGUUGGGUGCUGUGCCAGUCACCGCAGGGUGAUGGGCACGUCUCCUCCAGAGGGAAUGAGUAGGACCAAAUCUAUCAGUCUGCUUAGUUAUAUGAAUCAUAGAAUCAUUAAGGUUGGAAAAGACCUCUAAGAUCAUUGAGUCCAACUGUCAGCCCAAGACCACCGUGCCUACUAAACCAUGUCCCCAGGUGCCACAUCUGCAUGCUUCCUGAACCCCUCCAGGGAUGGAGACUUCACCACUUCCCUGGGCAGGCUGGUCCAAUGCUUCACUACUCUUUCAGUAAUGAUUUCUUUCAUAAUAUGCUAAUAUGGUGUGGAUGGAAAAAAAAUAUAAGAAAAAAGCGUUUGUCAGAAAAAAGGUAACAAAGCACAGUUUCACCAAAACUAAAAGCCCUCCCAUUUCUAAGCUGUUUUCUCCUUUUUCACUGAAUCUGCUCGGUUUGAUGUUCUCAGCCUUUCAGUGGUGGGUGUUCUCCUUUCCAAAGCCUUGAGAGCAAAAUGGGCUGCCCCAAAAAUGCUCCCAGGGUCCGCAAAGCACCCAAACCUUCCCGUGGAUGGAUGCGGCUCAUGUGUGCAGGUGUGUAUGUGCGUGUGUGUGUGUGUGCGGGUGUGAAUUGCUCCUCAGGUGCCUUUGCCUUUUUAUGUUUAAAACCCUUGCAGUGUUUGGAUGUACAGAAUGGAAAAGAGAAUGUAAUAUUAUGCCAUGUAAAGUUGAUUUUUUUGUUUGGUUUGCGUUUUUUUUUUUUCCCUUUAAUUUUUGUUUUAUUUUGCCGGCAGCAAUGCUGGUGGCUUCCCCUGUCCAUCCCAUGGGGUAAAUGAUAUUAUUUCCUCGGAGGAGUUGGCUGGAGGAGCGGGGCUGGGACUGAGGGACUGCCUCAGGCACGAGCGGGGUCAGGGACU